UGAUGGCUGUUGCUGCUUGAAAUGCCAGUAAAACCGUGUUCGUUGCGCCUUAAAUAUGCUGCUAAAACGUAUUAACUUUGUUUGAGCUUUUUAACCAAUUAAAAAAAAAUGAAUCUAUAGUAAAUACUUACUUACUUUUCUCAACAUGUUAAAAAAAAAAUUAAAUCCAGUUCAAAUCUGAUUGGACUAAUAUUUUUUAUAUAUACAUACAUAUAUAAAUGACUAAAAGCCCUCGUCUAAAGUGCAAUAAGAUUUAAUAAGGCAAAAAGUUAAUUGCUGCGAUUACGAAAACAGGAAAGACAUUAAACCGUGGAAACCUUAAGGCGUGUCAACAAAUGUGAAAAUCCUUUAAUUUUAUACAUAUGUUUAUGCAGAGAAAUUUGCUUAGUCAACACUUUAAUAUUUUUAACAAAUCCAAGAAAAUACUCCAAGUAAUAUUACAAAUGCAAGAGCAAAUAAAAGAAAAAGACUUCCUGUGAUAAUAAUCAAGACAUUCUAAUAAACAAACGGCCAUAUAUACAAAGCCUUAAAAAGGAAAUAUGCAGGUCUCAGAAUAUUUGGUGUCGCUAUAUAUCGCAACAUGUGGACAAAAUGGGCCAGGACUUGGAGCGGAUGAAAGGGAAAUAAUAUUGCUAGUGUACAUUAUUUUGGAAGCUAGUAGCGGAAAGAUUAUUGGAACAAAGCAGCUAUUGGUGCGACCUGACGGUAGCUUUGCUAAGGAUCGUACAGUGUCCGGCUCAUCAGAAGCUUCAGUAGUCGUACGAGCAUCAUCGCCAGCUCUUGGAUCCCAGAAAGACGAUGCCAUUAACAAUAACAACACUAGCGUUAGUAACUCAAACACUCUUUUGAAAAGUGCAUACAACAAUCCAAGUACAACUGUAAUUCAUAGUAGCAAUAAUAACACGAUCAUAAAUGGAUCUAGUAGCAGUAUUGUACCGGCAGAUUCGAUUACAACAACAGUUAAUACAGCCUCAUUCUCAGAGACAAUUGAGCUUCCUUUAGCAGUUGCUCACUCUCAAGGAAAGCCCCUCCAGGAGGCAAUAGACGAGUUCGACGUAUAUUUACGCUCUUUGACAUUAUACGGCGAUAAUAUCGAUAGUAUCAAUUUGAUUACUGACGGGCAACUUCCCUUACGUCAGUGUCUUCAUCGGGAGGCCUGUGCCAAAAACAUUCAGCUUCCGAACUAUUACAACCGUUUCUGUGAUCUGCGCAAAGAAUUCCUCAAGUACAAGUCAGGUGACCUAUCACGCGCUUUGGUUCCCGUCAAAGACAUAAAAAAAAUACUCCAAAUACCAACAGCUGCGGCACCUCAGAGUAUUGGAGAGAUGAUGAAAGACCUAAAUAUUACUAAUAUUGAAGAACAGGAGUUCUAUGUUAAUGAAUCUCGUGAAAUGGUCUCGGUGAUACAAGUAAUGUUAAAAGGAGGACACAAAUUUAAAGCAAAUGAAAUAGUGACCCUAGUUCUGGAACCUGGAAUUUGCUCAAUUGACGACGACAUAGACGGUAAUUGUAUUGUACGCGCUCGAGGUUUACCUUGGCAGAGCAGUGAUCAGGAUAUAGCUAAAUUUUUUCGUGGUCUCAACGUUGCUAAGGGUGGUGUUGCUCUUUGCCUAUCGCCUCUCGGUCGACGUAACGGUGAGGCUCUUAUUCGUUUUGUAUCACAAGAGCAUCGCGACAUGGCACUAAAGCGUCACAAACAUCAUAUUGGCAGCCGAUACAUUGAGGUUUAUCGAGCUACUGGUGAAGAUUUCUUAGCCAUUGCUGGCGGAGCUUCUAACGAAGCGCAGGCUUUCCUCUCUAAAGGAGCACAGGUCAUAAUACGCAUGCGAGGCCUACCAUAUGAUUGCACCGCCAAACAAGUAUUGGAUUUUUUUAACACUGGUGAGGACCCCUGUACUGUUCUUGAUGGUGUAGGAGGAGUGCUUUUUGUCAAAAAACCAGAUGGCCGAGCGACUGGUGAUGCCUUCGUGCUAUUUGCUAUUGAGUCGGMUGCGCCGAAGGCGCUUUCCCGCCAUCGCGAAUCAAUUGGUCAGCGUUAUAUAGAACUAUUUCGCUCGACAACAGCAGAAGUGCAGCAGGUUUUAAAUCGUUCCAUGGACCCAAGGACUUACGAAGCUAACCAUCAGCAGCCACUUAUUGCCCAAUUGCCAUCAAUGCCGCUAUCGCUGUUACCUCAGCACUUAAUUACUUCAGGAACCACAAAGAACUGUAUUCGUUUACGUGGCCUACCUUAUGAGGCUCUGGUCGAGCACAUUUUACAUUUUUUGGAUGAUUUUGCAAAGCAUAUUAUAUUCCAAGGAGUACACAUGGUUAUCAAUGCCCAAGGUCAACCCAGUGGUGAGGCUUUCAUUCAAAUGGACUCAGAGGAGUCCGCACGCUUGUGUGCCCUACGCAAGCACAACCAAUUUAUGAUGUUUGGUAAAAAGUACCGCUAUAUUGAAGUGUUCCAAUGCUCUGGCGAUGAUAUGAAUAUGGUCCUGAAUGGCGGUCUACAAUCCACCAUGUCCGCAACACCGCAUCCUCAUCAUUCAGCUGCAGCUAAACAGUCAUCGCUGCUUUCACCGGGUAUGUUACCUCAACCGUCGCCGUCCAACGCACAGGCAAUUAGUUCCCAUACGCAUGCUCAAGCCCACAAUCACGGUCAUUCAAAUGCCCAUAUUCACACUCAUGGCCAAAGUUCCCAUAUAACACAUGCGCAUGCGCAUACGCAUGCAAUGCAAUCAUCACCAUCGAUGGCAACAGCAGUAGCUGUGCUAUCACAACAACAGCACGUUGCGCUGCCAUCAACAAAUGCACAAACGGUGGCAGCUAUGACAGCUUCGGCAAGUAGCCUUUCUCCCUUUAUGACGGCCUCAGCUGGCACAACACCAAACGCUGCUCAGCAUCAAACCUUAACGGCACAAACAAAUGCUGCUGCUGCUGUCGCUGCUGCUACUGUUGUACAAAAUGCGGUUCCACUUGGUGGGCUAGGAAAUGCACAAACUUCAACCUUACAAAUGCCAACGAACGCUUCAAAUGCACAAACAUCUCCUAUGGCUGCAUAUCCAUUUAAUUACCCUUUACAUUCUUCUCAGUUGUCUAUGGGCUCUAACUCUGUGCUUAUUGCGCAACAGCAGGCUCAAUAUAUCGCGCAGCAAAAUUUGUUGGCACGACAGCAAGCUGCAGCUGUGGCUGCGGAACAACAACAGCAGCAACUGUAUGCGAAUUUUAUGAACCCUUUACUAUUCCAACACCCGUCCGCUACGGGUGCGUCUAAUGUAACGUCGCCUAGCCCUUCUACUGCCGGUACACCAACAACGCAUCCUCAGUUUGUGAUUAUGCCACGCCCAUUCUCCUUUCAACCAUUUCCGAUCGGUUAUUUGCCACAAGCCUUUCCAUAUGCAGCAACUGCAACGGGUUUGAGUGGCACAGGUGCACCAGGCCCAGUGGCUGGCGUCAUGACCAACGCAACAAUGACAGCAGGCCCAACUAUGGCCCACUCAAUGAAGCGCUCGUAUGAGAAUGCCUUCCAGCAGGAAAGUAAUAUUGCGACUGCCGCUAAACGGGCUCUUAUGCGCCCACCAAAUGCCGGUAGUCUAUACCAGUUCUAUAAUCCUGGAAUUUAGAUAGGUUUAGAUAUGACAUAAAACAGAAAAUGCUGCUAAAGGACGAACUGAUUUUCGAUCAACUUUUUUCCUUAUAAAUAUCAGUUUUUAUAGAUAGGCAGCUUUUUUACUUUAAUGUAACGUAGCAAUCCGACAGUCGUUUGUCGUUAAAAUUUUCGUUCAAGAUUGGUAUGUAUCAGCCAAUCUAAAGAUCAACGUGCUUGUGCCACGUAUAUAUUCCCUUCAAUAACAUUUUAUACAUUUAAAAUGUGUUCAUAAAAUGAUGAGAACUAAAUGGUAUGAUUGCAAUAAAAUACAUUAUAUUACACCGUCA